AACCUGAACAGACCAGCUCCCUGGCACAAGCCCUCUAACAAGUACAUCUAUAGAUCUAGGUGCGGGUGAUUUGCAUUAAAGAUUUGCUGUGGAUUUGACUAGAAAAUCUGUCAUUAGUCUGUCCGUUUUUUGGACUAACAGUAUUAAAUACUGGGACUGACAGUCAAAAGAUGGCUGGAUGGGCUUGGUCUUCUGACUGGGAUAGCCACCAAGAUGAAGACGUUGACGUGUCCAACUACAAGGUACCUUUGUCAAAGGACUCCCUGAUCCUCCUGAUAGACUGCUCUAAGAAGAUGUUUGAGAGUUCAGAUGAUUCUGAGCAAUCCUUUGACUUAUCCUUCAAGUGUGCGAGAAGUGUUCUAUUGAACAAAAUCAUCAGCAGUGACAAAGACAUGGUUGGGAUUGUCUUUUUUGGCACUGCGAAAGACAAGAAUCCUAGCGACUUCAAGCAUGUUUACAUCUACCAGGAUUUAGAUUCACCAGAUGCUCCAAGGAUUAAAGAAAUCGAGGAGCUUAUUGAUGGUAACUACGGAAGUUUCAGUAGUGAUUUUGGGCACUGUGAGGACUUCUCUCUCAGCGAUGUGCUAUGGACAUGCUCUUCUAUGCUUGCAACCAGUGGCAGCAAGUAUGGCCACAAGCGGAUACUGCUCUUUACCAAUUGUGAUAGCCCACAUGCCCUGGAUUCUUCCAAGCAGCGCCAAGCAAAAACAAGGGCAAAGGAUCUGGCUGACAAUGGUGUUGAGAUUGAGAUUAUGCAUAUUGGGAACUGUUUUAAUUAUGACGCGUUUUAUAGGCAUAUUGCCUUCUCAGUCGAUGAGGACUUGCCUCAACCUAACCCUUCCGAGAAGUUUGAUGAGCUCCUAACUCGUGUUCGAUCUAAGGAAUUCAAGCGACGGCCAAUGCAGAAAAUUACAUUGAAGUUAGGGAAUGGUGUGGAGAUGGGCACCGCUGUGUACUGCCCUGUUCGCGAAGCCAAAAAACCUAGUUUUGCUCGCUUGGAUCAGAGAACCAAUGUUGAGCUCAAGACACAGACAAAAUUUCUUUGUGAGGACACAGGAGUUGACUUGAUGCCAACUGAUAUCAAACUUUACCAGCAAUUUGGAGGAGAAAAGUCAGUUUUUGAAAAAGAUGAAGUGCAAAGCUUGAAAGCGAUGUGUUCUAAGGGACUAACCCUAAUGGGUUUCAAACCAAUUGAUCAGCUUAAAGAACAGUAUUAUGUGAAGCCUGCUAGCUUUAUCUACCCUGUGGAAGAGGUUGUCACAGGAAGCACACGUUUCUUUUCUGCUAUGCUGAUGAAGUGUUUGCACAGAAAUGUGUUCGCCAUCUGCCAAUGUGUGGCUUCCUCCAAUUCUGCACCACGUCUUGUAGCUCUUCUCCCACAAGCUGAAGAGGUUGAUGAGAACGGUCUCCAGAUAUCCCCAGCUGGUUUUCAUUUAUUGUAUCUACCGUACUCUGAGGAUCUAAGACAGUUGACAGUUGAAAAUACAGAGAAAGCCCAGCCUGAGCUCGUUGACAAAGCCAAGGAGAUUGUGAAGAAGCUGACAUUCAGUUUUGAGAGCGAUGCCUUCGAAAAUCCAGUGUUGCAAAGACAUUAUCGUCAGCUGGAAGCCAUUGCUUUGGAAAAAGACAGUGCUGAAGAAGUGUUUGAUCUCACAGCUUCUGACGAUAGCCUCAUUCGAAAAAGAGUUGGAUCUCUUCUAGAUGAAUUUAAAAAUCUGACAAAUCCUUUCGGUUUGAGUGACACCAAAGGAAGGAAACAAAAGAGCAAGGCUAAUGAGGCUACUAAUAUAGCCAAACGCUCUAAAGUAACAGAUUCUGAUGAGGAUAUUCUUGAGCUUGUCACCCGGUAUGCUUCAAACAAAAAGUUGAAUACACUCACUGUCAGCCAGUUGAAGAGUUACUUGAAUGCCACUGGGAACAAAUGUACUGGAAAAAAGCAACAGUUGAUAGACUUUAUAUAUCAGCAGGUUGGAGAGCCGACAGUAUGAUUAUAGUUAUUCAAAGUUUGUUUAAUAUUAUAUGAUCACACCUUAAUUACGAAGUGUUAUAUAUUGGAACCUCUGAAUAAGUUGGUGCAAAGAUAA